UGUGGGGAGAGAAAGCGGUGGAGUGGCUGCUUCGGAAGACGCUCACUAGAGGGAGGGCCAUGCAGGAAGGAGCCGGCUGAACGCUUGGCUGCCCAAAGAGCCGUGUGGCUAGCCCAGGAGCAUCCCAGCCAGGCAGCAACAGCGAGCAGCCCAGCCGUCCCUACCUAUCACGAGCCUUUCCCUCCGCUGCUGCCGUUGUUGCCUCCUCCUCCGCCACCGGGCGCCUGCCUCUCCUCGGCUCCCCCUCCCCAGUCUCCAGUGCAACAGGGCGAGCAGUGGCAGCCCGAAGGACCCGGUUCAGAGGCCAGCUAGCAACCCAGCACCGACCUUGUCCCUCUCUCGGCAGCACGGGCAGAGUGCUGGGCUGGAAAGAGUCAUGACAGCUGAAAAGACUAUUCCUAUAAUUAACGGCAAACCCGAGGAUGCUCUGGACCCUGAAGCUUCAAGUACCAACUUGGUCCAUAGCAAUGACAAGAAAGUGCAUGAAAGAGGCCACUGGAACAAUAAGAUUGAAUUUGUGCUUUCUGUGGCUGGAGAAAUUAUUGGGUUAGGAAACGUGUGGCGAUUCCCAUAUCUCUGCUACAAGAAUGGUGGAGGUGCUUUUCUCAUACCCUAUGUGAUUUUCUUUAUUUGCUGUGGAAUACCAGUGUUUUUCCUGGAGACUGCCUUGGGUCAGUUCACUAGUGAAGGAGGCAUUACAUGCUGGAGAAAAGUUUGUCCAUUGUUUGAAGGUAUUGGAUAUGCUACCCAGGUUAUUGAGGCACAUUUAAAUGUUUACUACAUCAUCAUUUUAGCAUGGGCUAUCUUUUAUCUGUUUAACUGCUUUACUACAGACCUUCCAUGGGCAACCUGUGGUCAUGAGUGGAAUACAGAGCAUUGUGUGGAAUUUCAAAAACUUAAUAUGAGCAACUGCACUCAACAGUCUCUGCAGAAUGCUACAUCUCCAGUCAUGGAAUUUUGGGAACGAAGGGUGUUGGCCAUAUCAGAUGGAAUUGAACACAUUGGGAAUCUGCGCUGGGAGCUGGCACUAUGUCUUUUGGCUGCCUGGACUAUCUGCUACUUUUGCAUUUGGAAAGGAACAAAAUCAACUGGCAAGGUUGUUUAUGUAACUGCUACAUUUCCUUACGUCAUGCUCUUGAUUCUGCUGAUUCGAGGAGUAACACUACCUGGGGCAUCAGAAGGGAUAAAAUUCUACUUGUACCCUGACCUGUCUCGACUUUCUGACCCACAGGUCUGGGUGGAUGCUGGAACCCAGAUAUUUUUCUCUUAUGCCAUCUGCCUGGGAUGCUUGACUGCCCUAGGUAGCUACAACAACUACAAUAAUAACUGCUACAGGGACUGCAUUAUGCUUUGUUGCUUGAAUAGUGGCACAAGCUUUGUGGCUGGUUUUGCUAUAUUUUCUGUCCUUGGCUUUAUGGCUUAUGAACAAGGGGUACCAAUAGCAGAAGUUGCAGAAUCAGGACCUGGGCUGGCUUUCAUUGCUUACCCAAAAGCUGUAACAAUGAUGCCUCUUUCUCCAUUAUGGGCAACUUUAUUUUUUAUGAUGCUCAUAUUUCUUGGAUUAGAUAGUCAGUUUGUGUGUGUGGAAAGCCUUGUGACAGCUGUGGUGGAUAUGUACCCAAAAGUUUUCCGGAGGGGAUACAGACGAGAACUGUUGAUUCUUGGUCUUUCAAUUGUGUCAUACUUCAUUGGUCUAAUAAUGUUAACAGAGGGUGGAAUGUAUAUUUUCCAGCUGUUUGACUCCUAUGCAGCCAGUGGAAUGUGCCUUCUUUUCGUUGCUAUAUUUGAAUGUGUCUGCAUUGGAUGGUUUUAUGGAAGCAAUCGUUUUUAUGACAACAUUGAAGAUAUGAUUGGGUACAGACCAUUGACAUUAAUUAAAUGGUGCUGGAUGCUGCUCACUCCUGGCAUUUGUGCAGGAAUCUUCAUCUUUUUCCUAGUGAAAUACAAGCCAUUGAAGUACAACAAUGUAUAUAUAUACCCAGAUUGGGGCUAUGGAAUCGGGUGGAUGAUGGCACUCUCCUCCAUGGUUUGCAUUCCUUUGUGGAUCUGUGUUAAGUUGUGGAAGACAGAAGGAACCAUCAUAGAGAGAUUCAGGAAACUAAUUGUCGCUAGCCCGGACCUGAAAAUGAGGGGAAAGCUUGGAGCCGGUGCAUAUGCUGCUACGGUGAAUGAUUGCGAUGCCAAACUGAAAGGUGAUGGCAACAUUUCAGCCAUCACAGAAAAGGAGACACAUUUCUGAAAGAACUCUCUUUUGACUUUUUUUUUUUUUUUUGUAAAAAUAAAUACAUAAAAUACUUCACUUAAUUAUAGAGGCCGGCUUGUUUGCACAAAUUUAUUAACAAGUUAAUUUUAAAGUGAACUUGUAUACUUGUUUAAAAGUGAUUUUUAAUUAUUAUAUAAGUAACGAUUAUAUAUGUAUAUAUAUAUAAAUGAAUAGAAUUGUUUGUUAGUGACGACUUGUAAUAUGGUGAUUCCAGUAAGUGUUUUAUAGAUCCUAGAAGGACCUGUAUAAUGUGUUGUAAAACUUUUAUACUUUGAUUUUUUAAAAGGUAUGGUGUUGUAUAGCUAUACACUUUCUAAUUUGUCUGCAUUUCAGACCAUUUCAGCUUCUACUGUAUGUAUAUAAAGAGGAUCACAGUGUCCUUAUGUUAAUAUCUAAGGGAAUUGUCUUAGGAUGUGUAGCUCUGUUUCAGUAUGUAGCUUUCUGAAUUUGGGCCUCACCCAAAGCCCAUGGGUGUCAUUCUAAAUCUUUUUGUUGUCUAUUGAAUAGAUUUGCCAGAUGUCACUAAAUUCAGACCCUGACAUUAAUUUUCAGCUCUUAGGCAUUUAUACUGUGAGCUACAAUAUAAACCUAAAUGCCCACAAUGAACAUGCUUUUGAUUUGGUAAACCUGCGUUCAUAGGCCUGGAGGCCAUGCCUUUGCGAACAACUCUCUGGAUCUGAUACCUUCUGUGCCAUUGGUAGAGAUGUGCACAAAGCAUUUUGGUGCCUCUAAUUCAAGGCAUCGAAACACUUCAUACUGCCCCAGCCAAAUCGUUUCAGCAUGGGCCAAGUAGGUGCUUUAAAAGUAGGAGGGCAGAUCUUAACUGCCUCUCCAUCACCCAUUUGCCACCCCCCGCUGCCCCACCAUGGUGCCCUCCAUAUUAAACAGCUACGGUUUGUUCCAAAAAGCCAUGCCAUGUGAGGGCUUCCUGCUUAGGAACAGGAAGUUCCCUGUCCCAGCAGCCCACGAGUGGCAUCAGCAAAUAAAUGAUGUCUGCUCAUGCACAGACAUGAUCCUGAGUGGUCAGCAACACCAUGCUGCCUUCCUCCUUUUAGAAGGAAGACCUGCAUUCCUUUUAAAGCCACCCCCACGUGCACAAAACGUUUUGUGCAUUGGUCAUUGGCCACAAUCCAGAUAACUGUGUGACUAGCUGAGCUUUUGACUUGUGUUUAUUGAACAGUAGCUCCCAAACCACAUGGAAACCACUUUUGAAGCUUUCAGAAGUUUCCAAAGCAUUUUGUGUUAAAUCAUAGGGCUUUCUAAUUCAUGGAGGAGGUGGGGGGGGGGACAAAUGUUAUGUCUAAACUUGAGAUACCUCUUGGCACAGCUGUAGUGGUUCUAUGGUUGUUUGGGGAUGGAGCUAUGGCUCAGUGUAAGAGCAUCUGCUUUGUAUGCGGAAGGUCUCAGAUAGAAUUCCUGGCAUCACCAUGUAAAGCUGAUAAGGUCCUCCAAAUGAGGCUCUGGAGAUUCACUUCCAGUUAGUAUGGACAAUACUGAGCUAGAUGGACCUGGUCUGAUUCAGUGUAAGGCAGUUCACAUGUAUAAUGAUGUCUCAAUCAGGACUGCAGGAUCAUAUUUUUUUCCUUAUAGGCCUAGGCAAAUUCUUUUUCUGGAGCAAAAGGGCAGGGGGAAACACACCCUCCUAAACCUCUUGCCACCCUUGACCUGCUUACUACACUCGUAGAAAUGUGAUGGAACGAAGUCACCACUGAAUUACUAUUUUUUUUCCUAAAAGCUUACCAUAAAACUAUUUUUAUACAUAAAAGAGCUAUUAAUAUAAUAGUGACUUUAAUAGAAUCUAAAUUCACUGGUGCUGCUUCAUCAGAUUUUUAAACCGUUCACAUUGUAUUUAUUUUUAUAGACCCCAUGGAUUGCAUACAAUGUCUCAGUGGGUAUGGCUUUUGUGUUGCUUUCACAGAGAUGUGUAUAUGAGUUUGUGCAUGUGAAAUUGAAGGAGAGCUAUAAUUUGAUGGUAGGUGAUCAAGUAAUCAGACAUUGGUAUCCAUAGGCACUCUCUAAAAGCAGAUGUUCUUUCAAAUAUUGAUGAAUGUGAAAGUGAGAAUUUGUAGCAUUUAUAUGGCAUUUUAACCCAUUGUUUCAUCUACCACCUGGCUCAAUAUUCACAAACACUAAAAUAGGUUAGUAUGGAUGAAUUUCCAAUUCAUCCAUCAGCAUGCAAGCCUUAAUUGUUUGAUGGGACAAUCCACCAGUUUACCAUUCUUUAAGCACCAUAACUGGUUAUAUGGCAAGGCAGGUAAAAGAUAACUAAGCCAUAUUGACACCUUCAGGGUGCGGUUCUGGUCUGCUAUCCUUGAUUAUAUAACUCCACCAUAAUAGUUAGAGAUACAAUGUGCUCAGUUUUUACUGAAGUUGAUCUUCAACUGGGUAUGUGGCCCAUUUUGCAAAUGGGCAAUUGAGACAUGUCAUUUUUAACUUGCCCUUAAUUGGAAAAAAAGAAGAGUUUUAAACUCAGGAGUGAUAUUAUGUUACUUUGUAUUAUCAGUGUUAUUGUUUCAUAAACUGCCCAAUCAACAGGAUGUCUCACUCAGCUUUCAAAGUGAAUUCACUUCAGUAUAAGCGGUGCUCCCCUCCAUGUAUACAUAUGCAUUACCAAAGCUCCCAUUUCCAGUCUAUUUCUGGUAGAAAUCUUAAAGUACAUCAUCCCUGGAAAACAACCAUGGUGUCUAUUACUUUAGGUGUUUUACUAGGAGUAAAUUUUUCAGAAAUGUGUUUGUAUGCAUAAUUGGGAGCAUCAUCCAUAUAAUAUUAACAUCUACAUACUUUUAGUAGGUUGAGUGCACAUUCAAAACUGCUCUACAUCUGUCACUUUUAUGUUGUACUUCAUCAGUAAACCUUAUUGAACUAAUAACAUCUAAUUGUUCACUGUAUCUGAAAGAUGCAUGAUAAAGGAACUCCAUCAUUGCAGCUCUACACUUAACCCUCUUCAUAGAUAUUAUAGCUUCAGGUAAAAAUGGGGAGAAUAAAAGUCAGACCGGGCAUCGAUAUGCAUUAUGUAGUCUUGAAUUUUUUGACCGUAAUAUUUAGUGUGUGCUGUUACAAAUUUUUAUUUAUUUUGCUCUUUUUUGUUGGACAGCUAUCAAUUCCUAGAACCAAUGCACUGUUGUUUUAGAAUGUAAUCAAGCACCAGUCAAAAGGAAAUGAAGCUUUUCAUCUGGAAAUUGUGUGGGCUGUAUUGUGUAUUUCUGAACUGUUUUCCUGUUCAGUGUCUGGUGAAUCACUGAGAAAUUUCAAUCUCUGUCUUUUAAGCAUGUGAUGCCUGUAGUAAGUAGUUGAAGUAAUCCUAUUCAUCAGAGCUAUUCACAAAUCAAGAUUUUCCCAAAGUGUGCAGUGAUAUGUUUCACAAUGCCACACAGGGGCGUAACAAGGCUGGAGUGGGCCCAGAGACAAAAUUUUAAAAUGGACCCCUCACUGAUACACACACACUUCACAAUAUAUAGUUAUGUGACUUGCCUCUGGGGGGCCCCUCGAGGUGUGGGGGUCCCCAGGCAGCUGCCUCCCCUUGCCUAAUAGUAGUUACGCCCCUGAUGCCACAUCAGCCAGUCAUGGUGCCAUAAUUUCAGGCAGUUCAAGCGCUCGUUUAAGAUAACGCGCCUCUCACUGUCACUAAGCAAAUGGUUUUUGGAGGUGGAUUCUCACAUGACUUUGAACUGUUGUUUUCAUCCAAGUAUCCCAAUAGGUACUGUUUUUGGAAUAUGAUUCCUAUUCUGCUGCUAUGAACUAUUUCACCAAUAGCUUUAUACACAUACAUGUGGUUUGGCAUGGUCUAAAGCAGUGUUUCUAAUUUGCUGUGCUUGUAAAUGUGCACAUUUAAUACUUGACUCAUUUAACACUUCUACUGAUUAUUUUUUUUAAAACAUAUGGGGUGGGGAAUUGGGUUCAAAUUCCUGACUAGAUCUGUGGUUGUUUUUUUCUGGAACAAAAUGUGAAGAUAAAAAGCAAUGAUAUUGUGAUGACUUCUUUUGAUAUGCAGUAGAAAACAAUAAUGUCCUUUUCUGAAAUAUAUGCAGUAUUAUUCAGAAGUAAAGAAGAGCCCAGAUUUAUGUACUGUUUUACACAACGGAAGUUUUUAUUUGGUAUUCAAGGAAGCACAAUAUUUUGUCUGCCUAUUCCUUUUUUAAAAAUUAAAGAAAAUGGGUAAACACAUGCAGAA